AUGACGCGCGCGUGCCACCGCAAGUGCGUGCCGCCGCUGUACAAGGAGGCGGAGCUGUCCAAGGGCGAGAGCGUGUGCCUGGACCGCUGCGUGGCCAAGUACCUGGAGGUGCACGAGCGCCUGGGCAAGCGGCUCACGGAGCUGUCGCUGCGCGACGAGGAGCUGCUGCGGCGCGCGCAGCAGGGCGCCGGCACCGCCUGAGC